UUCCCGUCUGACUGUCGCCACUUACAAUAGCAAAGAAAUUUUAGUCUGAGCCCUGUGACUUAUUUUCAUGGAGAAAUUUCACGGUUGGCUUUUCCCACCGUAGAAUUUGCUCUAAAUUCUUUAUUUCAUCUUUCUCAGACAAAUUCAGAAGUUAAUUUGAUUAAUUAUCGAAGCCAAACAGAGAUGACAUCACCACUGUCAAGUAUUUUCUCCUUCACCAGUCCAGCUGUUAAAAGGUUGCUGGGAUGGAAGCAGGGAGACGAAGAGGAAAAAUGGGCCGAAAAGGCUGUUGACUCGCUUGUUAAGAAAUUAAAAAAGACAAAAGGAGCGUUGGAAAAUUUAGAAAAAGCUUUAAGUCAGCCUGGUCAACUGAGUAAAUGUGUAACAAUACCUCGAUCUCUGGAUGGCCGCCUACAAGUCUCACAUCGUAAAGGGUUACCCCAUGUUAUUUAUUGUCGAGUUUGGCGAUGGCCUGAUUUACAGUCUCAUCAUGAACUGAAACCACUAGAAUGCUGUGAAUAUCCUUUCAGUGCCAAACAAAAAGAUGUCUGUAUUAAUCCGUAUCAUUACAAACGUGUCGAAAGCCCAGUGUUGCCGCCUGUAUUGGUGCCGAGAUAUAGUGAAUUUCCUGCCCAUGGUGGUCCGAAUCAUAUGCCAUUAUUACCAUUUCAACAAGUACCGGAACCUUCCAUGCCACAUAACGUCACUUAUCCCUUCCAACAACAACAACCUAAUUCUCCACAGAGUUCUGGACCAGGUAGUCCGUUUGGUCUUCCAGCCGACACGCCUCCUCCUGCGUAUCAACCACCAGAAGAUAGUAAUCAGAAUAAUAUCAACAUGAAUCAACAGGGUAAUAACAUGCAGCAGAAUGGACCUCAACCCAUGGAUACAACUAACAUGCCUCCACCUUCAGGUGUACCCAUGCUUCAUAAAGGACCCACAGUAUCUCGUCAAUUUUCAUCUAAUCCACGAGAUCAGAGAUUGACAUGUCAACUUACAGUUGACGUUCAACCUGUGACGUAUCAAGAACCACAGUAUUGGUGUUCAAUAGUUUAUUAUGAGUUGAAUAAUCGCGUUGGAGAGGCAUUUCAUGCUUCACGAUCUAGUAUUGUAGUUGAUGGAUUUACUGACCCCUCAAAUAAUGCUGAUAGAUUCUGUUUAGGACUAUUGUCUAAUGUCAAUCGAAACUCAACUAUUGAAAACACCAGAAGACACAUCAGUAAAGGUGUUCAUCUGUAUUAUGUUGGUGGAGAAGUAUUUGCCGAGUGUUUAAGUGACAGUAGUAUAUUUGUCCAGAGUCGUAACUGUAAUUAUCACCACGGCUUUCAUCCCACAACUGUCUGUAAAAUCCCUCCUGGAUGCAGUCUCAAAAUAUUCAAUAACCAAGAAUUUGCCACACUUCUAAGUCAGUCAGUUAAUCAUGGAUUCGAGGCAGUGUAUGAACUUACCAAGAUGUGUACAAUCAGAAUGAGCUUCGUGAAAGGAUGGGGAGCAGAGUAUCACAGACAAGACGUCACAAGUACACCAUGUUGGAUUGAGCUACAUUUAAACGGUCCAUUGCAAUGGUUGGAUAAGGUUUUAACUCAGAUGGGAUCGCCUCAUAAUCCCAUAUCCUCUGUAUCAUGAUCACAGAUUUACAGCCAAUCAAAAGUCUAUUAUAUGUUUCUAUUGGUACUUCUCAUUGGAGAAUCUAGUUACCUGCAGCAAAUCAAAACCCUGUUUAUAUUAUUAAGCAUGUUGGCUCUGAUUGGAUGAUUUGAAUUUGAGAACUUUACUGCAUCCAAUCAAACUACUGUUUAUAUAAAGAUGUGUGUUGUUUAAUUGGAGGACUGUAAACUGAGAGUUUGUCAAUGACAGUGCUAUUAUUGAAAGUGUUUAUUCAAUGUUUGAUUUAUAUAAAACUGUACAUUUGUGUACCAUUUGAAUAUUUUUAGAGCUUUGAUGUCACUGUGGUCUGUUUGGCAUCAUUGUGGUCUUUCUCUUAUCAAGAGUAAUAACUUCUAAGUUUCCAUCAUGCGAUGAUUAAUGAAAUAAACUGUCUGGAUGCCGAUAUUUAUGUUUGAUAAAAACCAAGUCUUAAGUUCCAUUUUAAGUUCAGGACACUUGACACUGAUUGGAUAGCCCUGGGGCCUUAUUGAACACUUAAUUAAGAACACUUUGCUUUUAUUGUAGCGACAUUUCGACUAGAUUUCUGUAGUCUCCAUUAGUAAAUAUUGGAGACCUUUUUGAAUGCUUAAUUAAGACUAAGGGGCCUUGUUUCAUUCAUUCCUUCCUUCAUUCCUUGUGAAAUGAUAUUGAUAUCCCACAAGGCAAUUAAAGUCUUCCAGGAAUAACAAGACAAUUUGAGUCUUCCAAGCAGAAAAAUACUUUCGAUCAGUGAUUGUACACCACAAAGCAAUAUCUAAUUUAGGCCUCCAGUCAGUCUGUUUAAAUCUAAUAAGUUAGAUCUUUGAGAAAUAAAAUUUUCGCUGAUAAAUUAAUGUUGUGUUGAAACCAUGAAACUUAAAGGUAAUGAAAAUGUGGGCUGGGCUUAAGAAAACAAAAAUGCUAUGAAAAAUAUGGUCUGGUAUAUGUAGACAGUUAUCAAGACCUUUGUGUAUUUAUAUCAUCUAUUUGUACUCUGGAGAUGUAUUCAUAUAUAUUUAAUAUCUCUUCAUUGUAAUUAAUCAUAGCAUCCUCUUAAUCAAAUAUCAUAUUCAUUACUUGUUGCUUAGCAAUAUCAAAAUAAAAUUUUUCAUCUUCAUCAGGCUGUGGUUAUGAAACAUUUUAAAUCGCAAUUAACAUGUCACAUUUUUGGUUUUUUCCAUAUUUCUUCUGACCAUUUUGAGAAUGUUUCAUAACCUCAGAUCUAUAUGAACUUAUUUUAAAAUAGUCUCUUGAAGUCGAGCCAAGCUGAAUAAAAAAUAAACAUUAAAUGUGCUUCCAUUUUAUAAUGGUUAUAUUGCGAGUCAAAAUUGUUUUCUUUUUUUUUUAAUCUUUUUUAAAGGAUGAACUUCUCUAGGAUAUAUAUUAUACACAUUUUAUUAUUUUUGUCUAACUUAUUUAUAUCAACUGUAUUUUUAUCAAUUGAACUGCCAAUUACAAAUAACUUCCAUGUUAUAUUUCUUAAUAUAAAGCUAAUUGCUUCGAUAUCCGUGCAUGACAUAGUAGUCGGGGACUAAAUUGAACUGCUAAUAACAAAUAACUUCCAUGCUAUAUUUAUUAAUAAAAAGCUAAUUGCUUUGAUAUCAUUGCAUGACAUAGUAGUCAGGGAUUAAAUUGAACUGCUAAUAACAAAUGACUUCCCUGCUGUAUUCAUUACUAAAACCCUAAUCGCUUUGUCGUUGCGUGAAAUGGUAGUAUGGGAUUGAAUUCAUCUUUUUCGAAUACCAACUAUAAAGAUAAUUGCCCGUAUUAAAGGGUUGAAGAUGUCUUCCCAUGUAAAUGUAAAAACUGGGUGAUUUUAUGAUAUAUUGGGACUAAAACAUAUUUAAACUAGUUAAUCUAUCAAAAAUUUGCUUUAAAUCACUCUCAAAAUAUUGUAUUCGCAAGGAAAUACCCCAAGGCAUAAAAAAAAUCUAUUUUUGGAAGCCAUGUUUGUCACCUAAUUGGAUUGAGGGAAGGUCCAUUUUCAGAAUGUAUUUAACAUACAUAUUGAAACCAAAGUAUAUUCUUGGAUUAUCUUCUGUUGACUUCCUUUACCUUAGUUUAAUUGCAGAGUCCAUUGUAUGGUUAAUCCCCUCAAUAUUCUCAAAACGGCUUAACCAUUUGAUCAAGAAAUAACAAACACUCCCUAAGUCAAGCUGGCAGACAAUAAACCGUUGGGUUGAGUUAGUGAUACCCUGACAUUUUUGCCAAAUGUUUGUCCCAUGGCUGUUUUUCAGGGAAUCCAGUAUUUUUCUAGUAAGAUUGCCAUACUUUUAUUGGAAAUAACUGCCCUAUAUAAAUACUUUCGCGGGAAUGUAUCUUUAACAAAAAGCGUGUAUAAAGUCCUACAUGUGUAUAAGUAAGGAUGUCUCCUCUAAGGCACUUUACAAAGAGACAUACAAUUAAUAUUUCAUUCAAAAUAAAGAUAAAUUUGAUGAAAUGUAGGAUAAUAUGAAUAUAUAUAUAUAUCAAUAAAGUCUAGGCUUUGUCAAUAUUCAUGAAAAUUUGAUAUAAAAAAAAAAAUUGUUCAAUAAACCAAAUCUGAUUAAACAGACACGAGCCUGUAGUAAGUCAUCUCGUGAAAUCCAAGUUGAUAGUAAACUAAACUGCUAUGAUCAGUACUGCUAGAGAGGGACUUACAAACACAAAAAUGAAAAAAAAAAACCCAAACCUGAUUUAUAUCUAUUUAGCAUUUAAAAUUUGUGCAAGUUUUUUUUGUGUAAUUUGUAAGAAUUGUAUUUAUAGGAAGUUUAUUAUAAGUUAAAACUAUUGAAAUGUUUUAUAUAGAAAGAUAUAAUCAUGUAUAUAUUGUAUAGAUUUAUAUAUAUCUAGUAUAUUAAUACUAGUAAUAAGUAUAUUGCGUCAUCUGUAUAUAUGUACAUGUCAUGUGGUUUCUACAACCAGUUCUUAUCCCUCUGUCACAGUUCUUAUACCACUCUCAAAAUUAUUGGGUGGUCUAAUGCAUGUGCUUAAGAUCAUAUAGUCUGUCAUUGAGCAGGUGGUGUGGUUUGAUCCCACAAGAAGUAAGGUCGCCAGGCUAACCUACACCAUGCAGGCCCUGGAAAUGAAAAGUGCCUAGUCAUUAGUAUGGGAAGACAAAAACAGGUGCCCCUUGUAAAUCAUUGGCAGCAUAUUAAAAAUCCCCAGAAAGUUUGACAUAAAAUUAAGGGGAAGUCGUAGCGCAGCUGUUUGGCCAAAAUUUCCCUCAUAGCACACUGUAUGGCAUAUGUCUUACUUCGUUAGCCCAGUUGGUGCAUAAAAGUAGGACUUUAAACCCCAUUUCAUUUUUUUUCAUUUCAAAAGCAUGUUCAUCCAAUGUUAGAAUGGUAAAUGCUCAGCCUGUGCUCCAAGUAUUUAUUCAACAUACAAGAAAUGAUUCAAAUAGGGUGUAUGUUUUGUAAGGUUGAGUCAUGGGUUGAUGUGUAGAAUUCGUAGACUGGGAUAGAAACUGGUUCAGAGAUUAUGACAUUCUAUUGAAUUAAAACAUGUUGUAAAUACCUUCAUAUAUUAAUUUGUGCUGUGGUUAUCACAAAAAACUUCUAUUACAAUUAUUCAUCCAUGAGAAAAAAAUCUUUUGUAAUCAGUUGUACAAUGAAUACCAACAUAAGUUAAAACAAAACUAGAAAAUCUAAAAAGAGAAACCUGUUGUGUCGAAUAUUUGCAUUGUGGAUAGUCUCAUAUUUUUACCAAAGUGCUUUAUCGACUGCUUAAAGAUGCAUUAUGUAAGACUUAAAUAAAGAGCUGGCUGUUCUUGUUAUAAUAAUUCAUAAAUACAUUAUGAAUAUAUUGAAAAUUUCAUUUCCAUUGCUUUAUUCUUGUCGAAGUUAUCACUGUUUGAAGAUGUAGUGUAGAUCGUUUAUCAACGUGGGAAUGGUACAUGUACUUGACUACCGAAACUAUGUCUUGAUUAUCUAUUUCAUUGUUAAAUUUUUAAAUUAAGCUGGUGAUAAAAUCCAUUUAAAUCUCGGCCAUCCAAUGGCCUAGAGAUAUCCAAUGGACAAGAAGAGUUGAUUAUAGGCUUGUCAUAUGAAUAAAUGUCUUAAGUAAUAUCUAUAUAACAUUUGAAACAAGUAAAAAGACCUGCAAUAGGAAGAUUUAACUUUUUCAUGAUGCAUCUUUAAUGUAGAGUUUGUAUAACUGGCUAAAACUUAGUGAUUUUUUUUAAAAUGCCAUUUUCUCAUAUCCGACACCAGGCAAAAUAUUACUUAAUACCAGUGCUAAAUUUAUUUUUUUGUUUACAUGUAACUAUGUCUAUAUGUUUUAAGUCAUGAUAAUUAGGACUUGAAUGUUUGAUUAUCAAGUAAUAAAUAUGUACUAGAUAUUGUCAAUUGUAAUUCAUGCCAAAAAUGUGUUAUUACAGAAUUCUAGAGUUUAACCAGGUUUUAUUAAUGGAUGUAGAGAUUUUAUUUCUUGGCUUUAAUUAGUGCUAUCAUUGUCUUUUCUGUUUCUUUUCUAAAUAUCUUCAUAUAAAGUUGAUGGAUGCUACAUCACAGCCCUCAUUAUAUGGGAAAAGGGCAGAGCUUAUCAUUGACUCUCAGGAUAUGAAUAUUAGAGGAUGCUAAAUAUAGCCCUCAUUAUACUAGAAUAAUGUUAGGUUUAUACAUUUAUAUAUAUAUAUGCCAAUUGUACUUAUAUUACUUAAAAGUAAAACUUUUCUAUCUGCUAGAUCUUACAAAACAUGCCAAAAAUAUUCUCGCUUUUAUAUCUUUAUUAUAAAUCAAAGUACCCGUUCAUCUACUUAGCUGAAUAUUUUCUGAUAUUCUAGCGGUAAAACUAUAAAAUGAAAGGUUAAAUUUAUAAUUGUUUUGUUUAUUGUAAUGAACAAGGAGUCUGAUAUAAUACUGUAUAUGUCCUUUAUUUGAUAAAUAAAACAUAGAAUUUUUAUUUAAAAUUA